AUGGCGAGGAGAGGGCGAGCUGGUGCCACGGGCACAUCCAUCUUCCCGUGCCUCUUUGCCAUCCUGCUUACCAGGUGCUCCCCGGCAGGGUGUGCUGGAGGGAGUGACUCUGCAUCCCACAGCACAGCCAGCACCAAAGACAAACCUAUCCUGUUAAACAGCAUCCCAGAUGCCGAAGCCUUCAUCAGUGGUGCAGAGGUGGCAGUCAUUGGAUUCUUCCAGGACCCGCAGAGCCCCGGAGCGGAGCAGUUUCGCCGGGCGGCCGGACAGGUGGCGGAGGUGCCGUUCGGGCUCAGCAGCAGCGAGGCCGUGCUGUCGCACUACGGCGCCGCGGAGAACACCGUGGUGCUGUUCCGCACGGUAGACAAUGACCGGCGGGAUCUGGACAUGAGCAGCAGAGAGGUCGAUGCCAAGAAGCUGACCCGCUUCGUUCGCAUGAACGAGCUCCGCCUGGUGACAGAGUACAACCCUGUGACAGCAAUAGGUGUGAUGCAGAGCUCACUGCAGUUUAACCUCCUCCUGAUCACGGACAAGAUGUCUCCAAAGCACCCCGAGCGAAUGCGCAAGUUCCGGGCGGCAGCAGAGCUCUACAAGGGCAAGAUCCUCUUUAUCCUGUUAGACAGCAAUUUGCAGAGCAAUGAACGAGUACUGUCAUACUUCCAGCUGAAGAAGUCCCAGCUGCCAGCUCUGGCUAUAUUCCACACCCCAGAUGAUGAGCACGAAGUGGUGGCUGUGAAUGACAUCUCCAUUGAGCGUGUGCAGGACUUCUGCAAUCGUUUCCUACAAAGAAUGCCAAAGAAGGAAGACAAAUCCAAGGAGAAGCCCCUCAAUGAAGAACUCUGA